GAAACAAAGGACCCAACUCAUGUCAAUUGUCAUGUGAUAGAAAAAUAGAAGGAAGCCCCAUCAACAAUGCUGUGUCAUAUUUAAUUGGAUUUCCGGCGUAAAUUCAAGAAUCUUCCUCCAGCUAUAGGAGCACUUACUCGGCACUUAAGUUGACCAUGUAAUCUAUUUCUCAAAUAAAGAUAUGUAACCCCAAGCAAUCUAUUAGGAAGCAGAUGAGCAGAUAGACACCAAAUUAGUCUUAAAUCAGAAGCCUCAUUCCUGCAUUCUGAUCUCCUCAGCCACAACCCUCCACCCUUAGGCGUGCACACAUACAACUCCAGUUUACUUCUGAUCCAGACCCUUUGCCUGUUUCCAUACGUGUUUACAUAUAUAUACACCAACAAAGAAGAAAAAGAAAGAAUUUGUUUAGUAAAUCUGAUUGAAAAAUCCUUCAUAUUUGACUAGCUUUCACGACCUUAGUCGACCAAUGCUUGGUUGCAAUAUGUAUAAAGAGUUUGAUAGCAUUCCAAGGUCUCCCAACAACCAUAGUAACUGCCAUGGUCCACUUACCACAAUAUAUGGAGCCCUUACCAGCACUUUCUACGCAGACAUUUGAACUAAUUCAAUCAUUCUGUUACUGAUAUUUCGUGUUCCAAACAGUUUUUACCUUGUUAAACCUAAAUGGAAGCAUUUCUUGCUUGUGAAAAUCACUCAAAACUGCAACUAGAAACUGUGUUGUGAAUGAUUUCGAAGAAGUUUGUAAGUUUCCUUACCUUUCCAUAUGAUAAUGUCUGUCUGAGGACUUUUCAAAAUGUUCCUGUGAGAAUGGCCAUUUAAUAAAUGCUCCAAACCAGUCCCAACAACCACAAUAAUUGCCAUGUUUCAAUAAAGAUCUAGCUCUUCUCAGGAGGACUUCACAUUUUUGGCUAAAUUCGUUCAAGUUUCAACCAUCCCAUUGUUUGCGAAAGAGGUAAUGGUAAUCAUGUCUAGAAGCUCUCUGACCUGCAAGCUUAUAUGCACAUUUAUGCUUAUAUUCUUGAUGACUGAUGCUCCUAUAUUGGUUCAUGCUCAAACUUGCCCUGAGGUGAGUCAGAUGCUCAUGCCGUGCGUGACAUACUUGGCGACCAGGAGCUCAUUCGGGCAUUGUUGCACAGGCAUUCGUUCACUGAAUUCCAAAGCCAAGAAUACUGCAGCUCGACGACAAGUUUGCAAUUGCUUAAAGAAUCUUGGUGCUCAGUUUCGUAUGCGUCAUAGGCUCGAUUUCAAUCAAGUUCAACGGCUUCCAGUUAUGUGUAAAGUCAACAUCGGCUAUCGUAUUACGAGUCUGAAUCCUGACUGCUCUCAGGUGCACUGAGAGGAAACAAAGAGUAAAGCAGCAGUAGCCGGCAGCCACUAUCUAUACAGGCUGCAGCGGGUUGGAGAAAAUAAUUGCCAGGGUUUCAGCUAAGCAGCAGUGGCAGCUACAGCUCAGCAAUAGCUUCUAUUACCAUAUUCUGUUGAAAUGAAAAUAAUAGUGCUGCUGCUGCUGAUCGUAUUCCACUAUUCCUUCUACUAUAUUCCGUUGAAAUGAAAAUAAUAGUGCUGCUGCUGCUGCAGUGUUUAAUUAUCGUAUUCCACUAUUCCUUCUUCUUGGAAAUGCAGAGGAAUGGUUUGUCUUGUGUAUGCCCACGAAGAUUUGGAUUGGAUUAUGCAAAAGCCAAUCAUUAAAACUACUACAUUUUGAUGUGUUAUUGUGUGGGGUUAGGCUUUUCAAUUUACCUCAUGGGCUAAGCUAAGAUAACAAGUUGGUGUCCAAGAUCGUUAGCAUUUGAGAUCUUUAA